UGGGCUUCGUUCGCAUAUUGUGGUACUGGGCUCUGAAAUUGGAAAAUUCAUCCGGCCCGCUGAAAUGUAUGCCGCCUCUAGACCUAAUACGGCUGAAGUGAAUUUGUCUCUCCUCUCACGAUCUGAUACCGUCGGAUUUAUGGCUUCCUCUUUAAUCCUGUUGAUUCACUCCCCCGGCGAUGUGUCUUCAAAGCGUUCUUUAGAUCUAAGAGGCAUGUGGGUUCAGUAUAAAUAUAGGGGAGAUUCCUCUCCUUGAUUGUGUGGAAGAAAGCAUAGUUUUGUUUUCCUACUGAGCCACCAUAGGAGCGGGUGUAUGAUCCACAAGGUCAAGUCGUAAAGCUCGAGUCCGAAGAGGAAGUUGUUGGAGAGAAAGGCGACAAGUCUUGGUUGAGAGUCUCUUUGGCAUCUCGGAAAUUACGGGAGAGCAUCUCAGCUAGGCCAGUAAGAAAAUAAAACUUAAAACAUCUAAGCAGUGAGUUAAGUGUCAAGAAAAUUGCAACUUAUAAUCGAGUUUUUGUCGCAGUCCGAUGAAAGGGCUCUGUUAUUGUGUGAUAUACCUAAGACCAGGGGACUACCAUCGAAUAUACUCUCCGGCUGACUGGAAUGCAUUGGUUCGUCGACACUUUGCAGAACAGGUCGUGCUUGAAAAGAUAUGGGAACAAGGUUUUAUGGCACUUGCUGCUGUUGGUGCUACCAACAUUGGGUCCAUUGAGAUUUCCAUCAAACCUGAAUUAAGAACACACGAGCCAAAGAAGAAGCUGUUUCCUGCCGCCUUUUUGAUAGUAUGGAAGAAAGCAUUGGUUCGUUUAUGUAUACACAAACGUUAAUGGUUACACCUCCUCUAUAUCCUAAUAAGUCAUUUAGUUUUUUUUUCCUGCAAUUGCUUAGGUUCCAAAUUUAGGUUCUAAUACUAUCUAAAGUAAGGUAUGCUUUU